ACUAGAUGGCGUUACCUUCCCAAACAAGAUGGCGAUUUGAUAACAAAAAACAGUUUGUCCCGUCACAUUGUAUUCCAAUCUGCUCAUCGGUUCGCAUUACUUCUGACUGAAGUUUUCGAAGAGCAAAGGCCAACUAUUUAUUGUGCAAGGACUGCUCCACAGCGAUCUUUACAAAUUUAAUCGGCUUUUUACUAUUUCUUACUUUGGUUGGACCGCAUUUAAAUUUUUUUAACGAACAAAAUGUGUUCCCGAGAUGCUCGCGACAAGAUAAGCAGAUAUUACUUGGUUUUCCUAAAUGUUCUAUUCUUGCUUAUCGGUUGUGCCCUUGGAACAUUCGGCAUCUGGCUAAGAAUUGAUAACGACAUGUUAAACUCAUUAAAAAUUCUCAAAGUAUCUCUUAGGGCCGAUAAUCUCCACCUUGCUUGCUAUAUAAUGAUUGCCGUUGCGGCUUGUAUCAUUUUUAUCUCCUUUUUCGGCUGUUGCGGAGCCUGUUUCGAAAAGCCUGGAUGUCUACUAUUUUAUGCCGUGUUAUGUUUGCUUAUACUCCUAUCGCAAGUUACCAUCGCUGCUCUGGCAUUUGUUUAUAAGGAUAAGGUUUUCAACUUUCUGAAGAAGAGAAUGUCGUACGACGUGAAGCAUAAAUAUCAAAGAAAGUUUUUCGAUCCUACAGCCGAGGUCGAUGCAUUUAGUUUGUAUUGGGAUAUUGUACAAGUUAACAUGAGAUGUUGCGGCGGUGGCGAGCCGAAAGAUUAUGAAAACAGUUUGUGGUAUAAUAUAACCAAAGAACAUACAGAUACUCAUGGGACAACGGAGCCUGAAUUGACUAGAUACUUCGUACCUGACACUUGCUGCGUGCUACAUAACAAAAAUGUUGAAAAGCCUGAUCCUGUAGAUAGGGUAAAAUGCCAAAAAGAUGCCGACGAAUAUAUAAGAAAACUACACAACGGAGUUACUGACUAUCUUCACGUUUAUAACUGCCACAGACGUUUAAAGGAUUGGUUUGAGAAGAACGGCGUUUAUAUACUAGUAGUUGUCUGUUGCGUAUGCGCUUUUCAAUUCUUUGGAUUCAUUGCUGCUUGUUGCUUGAUUUCAUCUAUAAAAAGGGAAAAUCGAAUGUAUCUAUAUAAUAGCGUUUAUCAAGGCGAUAAGCCAAUCUAAAGUUGUCGUAGUAUCGUUUGUGAGAAUUAUUAUGUAACCCAACGUAUUAUUUUUUUACUUAGACUAAGCUGUAUGUUUAAAGUUAGAUAUUUUUUUAUUUAUAUUAUGUACGUAACUUUUUGAGCGAAGUGUAAUUUUCAUGUUCGUAACGAAUAUUUAUAGUAACCAACAUUCCGGUUGUGUUUGACUAUUAAUAUCUACAUAAAUACAUUUCGGCCUUAUGCUAGCCAGUGUUUAAUAUGCUUGUACAUGACACAAACAAACCGUAGUAUUCGGGAGUGUAGUUGAAAAGUUUUGUCUUUAUUUAACACCUUUAUGAGGAAUAACCACUAAACGAUAAUAUACUUGGAUUUUAAUUAUAUAUUGUAUGUCUAUAUAUACAACUCUUUUGGUGGAUACUUCUACUUGCCAGUGAACAACUGUACGUUAUUCGAAUCUAGAAAACAUUAAAGGGCUUCUGUAAUCUUACUUUUUUUUUUUUUUUU